AUGCCUUUGUGCAAGGGGAAGAUGCGCGAAGAGGAGGACUCCGACUCAGAUGAAUCCUUCCACUGUUGCGGCAAGCCAGAGGACCUCCUCGAAGAUUUCCGAUCUUCGAUGGAAACUUCCAAACCGGAGGUGAAUGAGGUGCGCGUCCCCGACAAUCAAGACUACUACCUUUAUUCAGCUGGCCUCGAACGAGCAAAUCCCCCCAGCAAUGGACCAACACUUUCAUCAAUCUGCGACUCCCAACGGGCUCCAACCGUCUGUUCCUCUGAUUCCGGACACACUCGGGUCGGAAGCGCUCUCCUCAUCAUCAAAACUGACGAGGUAGUCUUCCCAUUCUCUUCGACCGAGAUGAGGACCAUUCGAAUCCAACCAGUCAAACCAAGUCAGCCUCUCAAACCCAUGAAGAAGUCAAAAUGGAAAAUUCAGAUCCCUCGGCCCCAGAGCUCUCUCCGAGCGGUUAUCAGUCCCACCAACGAUCACCCGCCAAGUCCCGAGGUUUCGACGGCCCAAGCGUCAGCCCUUCAUGGUCCUCCACCACCAAGAUCGUGUGGCCGUCGCCGGGGAAUGGUUUUCACUUCGACCAGCCUUCCUGAGCAAUUGAAGGAGUUGGCCGAGACUGAGGGUUCAGAUGGCAGUGGUACUUGA